AGCUUCCCGAGGGCGAUGUUGCUAAUUGUGCGUCUAAGGCUAAGUGGCGCCAUGGUAGAAGAGAAAAAAUCAGGAGCGGCCAAGAAGGGGUCCAAAAAAAUCGUCAAAAAAACACCACCCAAGGGCGGCAAGAAGAGAAAGCGGUCCAGAAAGGAGAGUUACUCCAUCUACAUCUACAAGGUGAUGAAGCAGGUCCACCCGGACACCGGCAUCUCCUCCAAGGCCAUGAGCAUCAUGAACUCGUUCGUCAACGACAUCUUCGAGCGCAUCGCCGGCGAGGCUUCCCGCCUGGCCCACUACAACAAGCGGCAGACCAUCAGCUCCCGGGAGAUCCAGACCGCCGUGCGCCUGCUGCUGCCCGGGGAACUGGCCAAGCACGCCGUGUCGGAGGGCACCAAGGCGGUGACAAAGUACACCAGCUCCAAGUGAAACGCCACAAUGCACUGAACAAAAGAACUCCAAACACAAAGGCUCUUCUAAGAGCCACCCAAAACCUCACUGAAAGAGCAAAGCCAUGAGCCUGGGGUUAUUUAAUAAUCCUUAUUUAACGUGUGCAUUUUUCUAUUUCCAUUUGGGCUUUGUUACUCUUGUGUGUUUCAAUGAUUAAUGCGAACAUUGUUUCUCAUUCCUUAACGCCUUAUCAAUUAAUGUCAAUUUUGAUCUUUUUUUAAAAUUAACACUCCGCCAUUUUCUUUCACGUUAUUUGGACAAUAUGUCCUGCUAAAUGUUUUAUACACCCAUUUCAUGUCUGUUAUCCUCCUUUAGUGAGCGAGCUUAUGUAAAAACAUGUCAUCCAGUCUCAAUUUUCGACAAUUUAUAACGAAAAUCUGUCCUUUGGUUGGACAUGCCGGAAUAAGUACUCACUCCACAACUCCGCGAUGUGUCAUCGAUGUUGCAAUAAAAAAAAAUGAUCAGAAA